AUGGCGGCGCAGGUCAUCUCCAACUCCGGCCACGAUGAUAUGAUUCACGAUGCUGUUCUCGAUUACUACGGACGAAAGCUGGCGACCUGCUCAAGCGACCGAACGAUUAAGAUCUUCGAGAUUGAGGGCGAGACACAACGCCUAGUUGAGACUCUGAAGGGUCACGAAGGUGCUGUAUGGUGCGUUGCCUGGGCGCAUCCCAAGUAUGGUAACAUCCUGGCAUCGGCCGGUUACGAUGGCAAGGUCUUUAUCUGGAAGGAACAGGGUGCCCAGAACAGCCAGUGGCAGCGAAUCUACGACUUCCCUCUGCACAAGGCCUCAGUCAACAUUGUCUCCUGGUCUCCCCAUGAGGCGGGCUGCCUCCUCGCUUGCGCAUCGUCUGAUGGCAACGUCAGCGUUCUCGAGUUCAAAGACAACAGCGUCGACCAUGUCACAUUCCAGGCUCACGGCCUCGGUGUCAACUCCGUCUCCUGGGCUCCGGCUACCUCACCUGGCAGCAUCGUUAGCAGCGCCCCAGGCCCUGGUGCCACCGGUAACCGACGGUUCGUCACGGGUGGUUCUGACAACUUGAUCAAAAUCUGGACUUUUGACCCUGCCUCGCAGUCAUACAAGCAAGAGGGUGAAGCGUUGACGGGUCACAGCGACUGGGUUCGCGACGUUGCGUGGUCUCCAACCGUCCUGCAGAAGUCAUAUAUUGCAUCAGCUUCCCAGGAUAAGACUGUCCGCAUCUGGACGUCAGACCAGUCCAGCGGCGGCCAGUGGGCAAGCAAGGUGCUCAACUUUGAUGCCCCUGUUUGGCGUGUUAGCUGGUCCUUGAGCGGCAAUGUCCUUGCUGUUAGCUGCGCGGACAACAAAGUGUCCCUGUGGCAGGAGAACCUACGUGGUGAAUGGGAGUGCGUCAAGUCGAUUGAGGAGUAA